UACUCAUCGCUCCGGUAUUUGGCAAGCGUUGUAUGAUUAUACAUCGAUAGUUCAGUGUAGUAGGAACUUGUCUACAGUUAAGAUAAAUUCGAUUCAUAAUUUAGUUGUGCUUCGCUUUCUGAGACCCACAGUUGGCUUGUAUCUGUAUAAACAAUCAACAUGCGCAAUACUAUACGGAACCAGCUGGAGCAGGAUGGCUACGUGGUGCUGGAAGACUUCCUCCGACCGGCCGAGUGUGAAGAGUUGGUUGCUGCUGGCCUGGAGUUAACCAAGCAAGCCCCUGACUCCACGGAGAAGUCGAUCUUCUCCACCAUCGAAGGAGAAAGACAGCAACUAAAAGACUCAUAUUUCCUGGAGAGCAAUGACAAGAUCAGCUUCUUCUUCGAGGCCGGUGCCUUGGGGUCUGACUCAAAGCUGCAAGUUGACCCGAGUGUGUCAUUAAAUAAGGUUGGCCACGCUCUGCAUUUGCUGCAUCCGAUCUUCAGGUGCUACACAUUUAGCGACAGGGUUAAAGCUGUGUGCCAGGAGUUAAACUUUCUAGAGCCUUCAGUUGUACAGAGCAUGUACAUUUACAAAAACCCGGGAUUGGGCGGUGAAGUGUCAGCCCACCAAGACGCUUCAUAUUUAUACACAGAUCCUAUCCCCCCAAUCGGGUUCUGGAUAGCUUUAGAAGAUGCCACAGUUCAGAAUGGGUGUCUUUGGAUGGCGCCAGGCUCUCACAAAUCAGGAGUCCAUAGGAGGUUGAUUCGCAACCCAGAUAAACAGUCUAAAGAAGCACUGAUUUAUGACAGAGGAGCCCCCGUGUAUCCACAGUCUGCUUUCACCGCUGUGCCUGUAAGCAAAGGCACCUGUAUCCUAAUACACGGAAACGUGGUGCAUAAAAGCGCGCACAACAAAUCAGAUAAGAGCCGUCACGCCUACACUUUCCACGUCAUCGAAAAGCAUAACAACAACUAUUCGCCCGACAAUUGGCUGCAGGAAGGCAAGAACGCGCCCUUCAUGAACCUCUACACCACACCGCAAAUAGAGUAAAAUUUAUUGUAAAACGAGGAAUUUAUCAAAAACUUAAUAUGCAACGUGUAAAUGAAAACCGAAAUAAUACUUCAUAGGCUUUAGAGGUACAUAAUUUACUGUAGCUAAGACUUAUCUGUGAAACCGAACAGUUUAAGUUGCUAUAGUUUUUUUUUAAAGGAAUCAUAUACCCCCCUAACGCCACAUGCAAAAGUUAAAUCAAGUAACUCCUGUCAUUUUAUUAGGUACGCGUUGCGUUGCGUAGGUACUAUGCACGUGUCGGUCUUUUAUCGUCAAUAGGUUUGUCGUUAGUAAACAUUGCUAAUGUGUUGAAUUAAUCGUAUGGAAAAAUAAAUACGCUUCUAUUGAUUUAAUAUUUUUACAGGGCGACUCCUUAUGAAGAACUUAUGAAAUCACUAUAAGUGAUAAGGCCGCCUUUGUUACACAAAUUUAAAUGACUUGUACCUUUGUUCUCUUUUAUUUAUUUCUGAUUUGUUCUUGUGUGCAAUGAUAAAGUAUUUUUGAUUGAUUGAAAUAUACUUCUGCAUCCUUCAACAGUAUUUCGUAAUUCCGUUACACGUUGUAUAAUUUUGUAACAUAAAAUCUACGGGACACGUAACUCAGCAGUUAUCUCUGACACAUCCUUCUUUGCAUGUGCAUAUAUGCAUAUGUAUAUAUAUAUAUAUACAGUUCAUUAGCAUUGCCGUAACAGCAUUAUUUGUUUCGUGACACUGGGAAAAAUCUGCUGAAAACAAGAUAAUAGACAGGAAAUGAGGUUAUGGGAGGCUCAGAUACACGUAUCGGGAGGCUCAGAUAUCUCCUAACAAUGCGCGGCGCCCUUACAGUCUCGUCGCGGAGGACAUAAAGGGAGCAUUAAACACAACUAAACAGUACUUAAUUACUUGUAUACUUUAUAGAGCUUCAACUGUUACGAUUUAACUUCAUUGGAUCCCAUUAGAAUAUCGGCCUUUGUAAGUCACACAACGUUAAGCACAAUUAAACAAAUUAAAAAGAAACCUACCGGUAAUAGAUUUACCUAGUGCUCCGAUUAGAUGUCGCCUAGAAACAGUAUGCUUCCAGAUUAAGGUAUACCUGUUGGCCUUUGCAACUGGAUCUCUGAUUGUUUGAGGGAAUGGUCUUUUCGAGUGGUUGUUGAUGGCCACUCUUCUGACCUUAUGGCUAUCAAUGCCGGUGUACCUUAGGGAUCUGUCCUAUCGCUGCUCUUUUUCUGUUGCACAUCAUAGAUCUACUGAAUCCCAGUAUCUUUGGGGCAGCUGAUGACAGGAGAAGUACAUAUCCAGAGCUACGGCCAGUGCUAAUGAUAUCCUGGAGACUUGAGAGUCCUUGGUAGAGAGAAUUGUUUAAUACAUCCAGGUUACGUGUCCAGUCGAUUUGUGGUCCAAAUAGAUUAAAAGUAAGAUUUUAUUAAAGAGAAGGUCCCUCUGGGAGCUAAAUAUAUUUUAUUUGAUACUUUUGAUUGUACGAAGAAGUAAUGUUAUAUCACUAAUAAUAAGCAUUAAAUUGUUUUAAAGUAAAUUGAGCCGGAUCCAUGCCUACGUCAAACAAACACAUAACUGACUUUUUUUUUUAUCAUAAUAAUUAACCAAAUACCAUGAUGCUAUGAUAGACAGAAUAACACUGCAAAAGGUAUGCAAGGCACACAGCCUACAAAAUGCCGCUGUUAUUACAGGCAUGUGCCUGUAAUUACAUCGGCUACCACGCCCUUCAGAACGAAACACAGUUUCAGAUUUUUGUUGAUUGCAACGACAAUACGUUCCGAAUAACACUGCAAAAGGUA